GUGUGCGCCUUGUGUUGUAGGCCGCGUUGUGCGCCGGCGUUAAAGUUUCUGCGCUCGCCAUGUGAGAGGGAGAGACGCUUUACCUCACCCCCUCCUACGCUUCUUCUUCUUCUGUCUCUCCUCUUCGCUGUGCGCGACCCCAGUUUCCAGCUGACCCCCCCCCCCAGUCCCAUUCGGCGUUCGUGUUGUUGUCGGGGAAACAUCGGAUACUUUGUGAGGCUUCCACAGACCUUUUCCUUUGUUUACUUGAAUUACUUGUAAUUUAUGUCACAACUUGAAACUUUCCAGAGAUCUUUUACCAGUUUAAACCAGAUGCCUUCUAUCAAACUGCAGAGUUCUGAUGGAGAGAUUUUUGAAGUGGAUGUUGAAAUUGCAAAGCAGUCCGUAACAAUUAAAACUAUGUUGGAAGAUCUGGGUAUGGAUGACGAAGGUGAUGAUGAUCCUGUGCCACUUCCCAAUGUUAACGCUGCAAUUCUUAAAAAAGUCAUCCAGUGGUGUACACAUCAUAAAGAUGAUCCCCCACCACCCGAAGAUGAUGAAAACAAAGAGAAGAGAACAGAUGAUAUCCCUGUAUGGGAUCAAGAGUUUUUAAAAGUGGACCAGGGAACACUAUUUGAACUUAUUUUGGCUGCCAACUAUUUGGAUAUCAAAGGAUUGCUUGAUGUCACCUGCAAGACAGUCGCAAACAUGAUUAAAGGAAAAACACCAGAGGAAAUUCGAAAGACCUUCAACAUCAAAAACGACUUUACUGAGGAGGAAGAAGCUCAGGUACGCAAAGAGAAUCAGUGGUGUGAAGAAAAGUGAAGUUGCAUACCUGUAACACUGUACAAGUCGUUCCAAAUCAACUAGUUGCACUGCUCUGUUUAUACUAGACAAUUCAGCAGCUUAAAUUAGCAGGAGGAUGUUUUGCUGCAUGUGUUAUGUCUCUCAAUUUUUUUUUUUUUUUCUUCUUUGAGUAAUUCAGAUCUUCAAGCCGUGUUUUAGCCAUUGUAAUCUUGUGUGACUUUUCCUUUUUAAAACCAUAAUAAAUCUGUUGGCUGCGCGCUUUGAAGAUGAAA